AUGUUCAAAGCUACGCCCGCCCUGCAGGGCACCAUCAGGCGCCUGCCGCUGUCGACCAAGCAGGCUGGCAAAGAGUACUACAAGGGCAACCGCGUCGGGUCCAUGGGCACGAUCAAUCGAUACGGCAACUUCAUCCCCGACUGGAAUAAGAUCCGGACGUAUGUGUAUCCGGUGCACGGGACGAAGAACGCGGAGCUGACGCCCUUCGUCGCCGAGACGGUGCAGAAGACGCGCACAACCGAUACUGGCGGUGCCGAAGUGUACCCGCGCCGCUUCACGGGCGAGGACUAUCUGCGCGCGUGGAAGAUGUCUGGUGGGCAUGAUAUUGUGUACGAGGAGGAUCCGAAGGCGGCGAGAACGAACAUGCCGGGUGUUUUCGAGGAGCGGCGGUGA